AGAGGGAGAGAGAGGGAGAGAGAGAGGAUAGAGAGAGAGAUACAUAACAGAGAGGGAGUGCCAGAGACCAGUCACAUGUGGAGAGACAGAAACUGGGAGAGAGAAACUGAGAGAGAGAGAGGGAGCAGUUCAAAGAGGAAAGAGAGAGGAGACCAGCCUUCAGACUGAGGAGCUAGCUGUCAAACAAUCGCCGGAGUUUACUCCAUUUUAUUGGAAUACAUUUUUUUCCGCAUUUUGACCAAACCCAUACACACAUACAGACACUCUCUCUCAUACAAAGAUAGACACUCGUACAUCCUCACACAAGGAACCAGCACAUUGGAACACACAUACACAGACACACACGUGGACAGACUUUUCCACAAGCAGAGGACCUAGAAGAGGUGUGAGUGUGUGUGACUCUCAGUUUUAAUCCUGUGAGUGUGUUUGGAAAACACACUUGCGAGGAGCAGCAGUGAGAGUGUGCGUGUCCAUCAUUGCGCCUGUUUAGUGUGCGCAACGCAGACUAACUUCACUUUGGACUUGCCCUUUUUCAUUCAUUCUUUUUCGUGCCUUAAGUAACGCCGUCGCUUGGGACUGAACCUGUGCCCCUCAAACCAGCGGCGCACCUUGUGUUCGCGUGAGUGUCCGGGAUCUAGACCUGUGUGUUUGUGUGUGUGUGUGUGUGUUUGGGUCACACCAGUCAGAAAGGCUAGUCAUGGAGCUGUGUUGGCCACUGAGGGUGGUCCUAGUCCUACUGUUCGGGACCGCGUCCACCGGAGCCUGGAGAGCAUCUCAACCCAGACUACAGUUCACACACUCAGAGCUGAUCCAAAAUGGCCGCCUGCUAACCCUUCCCCUUGCGGCGGGAGACCUGUCCAUGCUGCUCCCCGACGAGGACGGCCGGCGUCUCUUCGUGGCUCUGAAGGACAACCUGCUGUCCACCAGCCUGGAUGACAUCACACAGAACCCUCGCAAGCUUUACUGGCCAGCCAGCCCUGAUCGUGUCCAGGAAUGUCUGAUGGCUGGGAAACAUCCAGAGACGGAGUGCGGUAACUUCCUGAGGGUGCUGCAGCCGUAUAACCAGACCCACCUGUAUGUGUGUGGCACCGGAGCUUUCAACCCCCGCUGCGUCUUCAUCGCCACCAGCCUCUUCCUCAAGUCGGACCACCAGAGCCUCAGCUACGGACAGACGGAGUGCGGCAAAGGGAAGUGCCCCUACGACCCCCACCAGCGAACAGCCUCCGCCGUGGUCGAUGGGGAGCUGUAUGCUGGCAUCACCUCAGACUUCAUGAGCAGGGACUCCGCCUUCUUCCGUAGCCUUGGCAACCGCCGCGUGAUGCGCACGGAGCAGUACGACUCCACCUGGCUGCACGAUGCUCAGUUUGUGCGUGUGGCCCCUCUGUCUGAGACUGAUAACCCGGAGGACGAUAAGGUGUACGUGUUCUUCACUGAGCGCGCUCAGGAGGCCGAGGGGGCUGCUGGGAAGGUGCUCUACUCCCGCGUGGCUCGCGUCUGCAAGAAUGACAUCGGCGGACAGAGGAGUCUGGUUAAUAAGUGGAGUACCUUCCAGAAGGCCCGGCUGGUCUGCUCAGUCCCUGGUGCCGACGGACUCCAGACGCACUUUAAUCAACUGCAGGACAUUUUCAUCCUUAAUGGAAAAGACAAGAAGAACCCCCUCAUCUACGGCCUGUUUACCACAUCAAGUGACAUCCUGAACGGCUCGGCGGUCUGCGUGUACCGCAUGGAGGACAUGGCACGCGUCUUCAAGGGGAACUUCCUGCACAAGGAGGGACCGCAGUACAAGUGGGCGGAGUUCACCGGCAAGGUGCCCUUCCCGCGACCCGGAACUUGUCCCAGCAGCACCUAUGGGAGCUACACGUCUACCAGGGAGUAUCCAGAUGAUGUCAUCUUCUUCAGUAGGACCCACCCACUGCUUGAGGAGAUCGUGGCGCCGCUGGGAGAGCGCCCACUGCUGGUCAGAGUGGGGGUUCACUACAAAUUCACCAAGCUGGUGGUGGACCGGGUGGAGGCUGUGGACGGAACCUACGACGUCCUCUACAUCGGCACUGACUCGGGUCUGGUUCUCAAGUCCAUCCACCUCCCCAGAGAUGACGGGCAGAGCCAGGAGAUCACCCUGGAGGAACUACAGGUCUUCAAGCUCGAAUCACCAGUGACAGCCAUGACACUCUCCAAAAAGAAGCAGUGGUUGUUCGUGGGCUCCAGGGAGGGCCUGUCCCAGCUGGCUCUGUAUCAGUGUGAGCUCUACGGCCAGGCCUGUGCAGAGUGUUGCCUUGCCAGAGACCCCUACUGCACCUGGGACGGCCACGCCUGCAGCCCCUACAUGCCCGUCGCCCGCAGGAGGAACGCUCGUCAUCUGGGCCAGGAAGAAGACCCGCUCAAACAGUGUGUCAGACAGGGAGCAGGUCUGCACGUGGAGGCGGAGCAACGGGCGAUGAUGGUUGCCGAGGGCAACAGCACCUACCUGGAGUGUCUGCCGCGGUCCAGGCACGCUGCGGUCACAUGGUACAAGCAGGCAGGAGAGAACAGCCCCGAACUACACAAGGUGGUGUCAGGUGACCAGCUGGUGCUGUUCGAGCGGGGUGUCCUGAUUCGCCGUGCCGAGCUGUCCCACGGCGGCGUCUACCACUGCCAGCUGGAGGAGCACGGCUUCCUCUGGACGGCCGUCACCUUCCGCCUGUCCGUCUGGAGCUCCUCGGCCAAUCACGUCAUCACUUCCUGGUCCGAGCCCACCAAUCAGCACACAGCAGCGGGGCCGGGGGCGGGGCAAGGAAGCUGGUACCAGGACGUGAUGCCGCUGAUCCACCCCGGCGACCUGGGCCAGCACUGCCGGGCCCUCGGAUACCGGCCCCCGCGCAACCACCGUCACCAUGGCGACCUGAAGAAGAGCCAGAGGCAGAAGCACGGAGCGGAAGAAGGAGGAAGGGGCGGUGUGGGAGGAAGAGGAGGAGGAGGGAGAGGGCGCGUGGGAGGAGGAGGAGGAGGAAGAGGAGGAGGGAGGAAGAGCAGGAGCAAGCCGCAGCUCCGGGCCCCGAGGAGCGCCUGAAUGUUGUGGAGAGACGAGAGGAAGCCAUGGAAACACACUGACACACACACACACACACACACACACACUGAGACAUGAACACAUACACACACACACUGAGACAUGAACACACACACACACACACACACACACACACACACACACACACACACACACACACACACACACACACACACACACACACACAAACAAACUGAGACACACACACACACACACACACACACACUGAGACACAAACACACACACACACACACACUGAGACAUGAACACACACACACACACACACACACACACACACACACACACACACACACACACACAAAUACACUGAGACACAAACAGACACACACACACACACACUGAGACAUGAACACACACACACACACACACACACACACACACACACACACACACACACACACACACACACUGAGACAUGAACACACUGAGACAUGAACACAUAUACCCACACACACACACUGAGCCAUGAACACACACACACACACACACACACACACACACACACACACACACACACACACUGAGACAUUAACACAUAUACGCACACACACACACACACACACACUGAGACAUGAACACACACACACACACUGAGACAUUAACACAUAUACGCACACACACUCCCUGAGACAUGAACACACACACACACACACACUGAGACAUGAACAAACACACACACUGAGACAUGAACAAACACACACUGAGACAUGAACACACCCACACACACUUACACACCCAUGCCCACAUGCCGCAAAUCACUCACACUAACACACAAACACACUGUGUAGUCACAUACGCUUUCGAUACACACACACACACCCACACACAAUGUCUACUCAAACAUGUGUUAAACCGGAUACAAACACACGCACGCUGUCUACUUACUUACUUUCUACUCACAGCCACACACACACACACAUCCAUGUGCAUGUACGCACACACACACACAAACACAAACACACACACAAAGGAUAAAGAACAGUAGUGAAGUGUACUGAGUUACGCAGAUUGUGUAUAUAUGAACACACUAACACAUUCUUUCAAACUGAAAUACACACAUGCAUAAGUUGCACGCACACUCAGAAUAUGUUUAAACAAAUGCUCACAUGACAAAAGUACACUCACACACACACACACAUGCACGCAUACGCACACACAUCGCAGAGACCAACACUCCUGGACUUAGCUCCACCGUGCAGCUCUCUCCAGGGACAAAUGGGACGGACGGACAGACCCAGUCUCUCCUGUCCGCAAGACUUGUGAAUAAAGAGUGAUAGACGUACAGACUGAAUCUGAGGACAUUGAGCAUGGACACGGACCGAGUGCUUGGACACUGGGGUGGAACUCUGAGAGGUCUGUGUG